AUGCAGGCUACCCCCACCACCACCACCGGCACCGGCACCGCAGACGAGGCGGAGGCCCACCACCAGAGGGAGGAGGAGGCCCACGAGAGGCUGUUGCGUCGCCUCGAGGAGUGCCUGCGCGAGCCGCUCGAGUGGGUGGAGCGGGCAGACGGUGGUUCCUCCACCACCACCACUGCAAGGAGCCCCCCGCUGGUGCGGCCCCUGGUCUUCACCGGCCAGCGCUGGCCGGCCCACCACCGGCGCGUGGACCCGACGGGACGGGCGCUCGUGGAGGUGAAUCGGUCGCGAUCGGAGCGGUUCCCGGACUUCAGCUUCGACGCCGCCGACGAGGCAGAGGCCAACCCACGCGUGCGCCUGCCCUUCUCCUCCUUCGUGGACCACCUCCUCGCCCCGUCUCCCCCCGCAGUCGCCGCCGCCGGAGGAGGAGGAGGAGGGGAAUGGCUGUACCUGUCGGGCGAUGCCGCCCACCUGCGCCACUGCGGGCGGGACGGAGGCCUCUUUGCUCCGCUUCUCGCGGACAUCCGCGUGCCCCCGAUGAUCGACCCGCGCCACCUCGCCACCAUCGGCUUUUGGAUGGGCCGCAAGGGCACGGUGGCGCAUCUGCACUUCGAUCGCAACGGGUGCCACAACAUCAACGCGCAGGUGCGGGGCCGGAAGCUCUUCGUCCUCUUUCCCCCGUCCGAGUUCGCCAAGCUCUACCCUCCCCCGUCAUCGUCGCUAUCGCCGCACGCGCAUCACCGUGGCGAGGACCAUGGCGAGCCGCGUCGCAGGAGCCUGGGCCUGCUGCGCAACAUGAGUCAGAUCGACCUCCGCACCAUCCACGAGCCCCAGCAGCGCGAGCGCUUCCCCGCCUUCGCCGGCGUGCGCGGCAUGAAGGUCGUCCUCGGCGAAGGCGAGAUGCUCGUCAUCCCCGCCUGCUGGUACCACUUCGUGAUGGGCCUCGACGAGCUCAACAUCAACGUCAACUUCUGGUGGAAGCCCGACCUGCUGGCCGAUAGUCCGCUUGGUCUUCCCGACGGGUUCCCCAACUGCGAGGAGGAGGAGGAGGAGCAGGACUCCGAGCCACGGCCAGCCAAGCCCGCCACCCCGCGGCCAUCGCGUCGCGGCUGA